AUGGCGUUGAAGGCCACAGAUUAUCAGCACUACUGGACGGAAGAGAUCGCGCCUGAAGCCGUCAUGGAUUUUGAACAAGCUUAUGCCGCAUUUCCCCGAAGCUCCGGGGGAAGAAAGAGGUCCCUCGUGCUGUCCAACCCAGCUAUGGCUGAACUGCUAUACGGGGCCGGCACGGAUAAGCAAACCAUCGAUUUACGGCUGAGGCGAUUGAGAGCCGCCAUUAGGGAUAUCGCGGACUCCUUCGCCAAAUUCUAUUAUGGCGUUAAGGCAGACGAGCUUUCACGGAACGACCUCUCGAAAAUGACGUUUGUCAACAUCACCCAACCGGAAAUAGCCUUACGAGUAUCGAAUGCGAUUUACGAUAUCCCCGAGUACAAAGACUAUUUCCACAAUGAUAAGCUACAUCCAAAAUACCUUACUGGCUGGCUGUGGGAAAGUCGAAUUUCUACCCUGAAAGGGAACACAUCUUCGGAUUCAGCCCCGGUUUUGCCGCCAAUACGGGAUAUCUUGACGCAUCGAUAA